ACCGAGUACGACUCAAAUAAGUCAGAUCAAAACAAACCAAACCAAACCGGUCGGACACAAACUUGCAUGAAGAUGGAGCAGGACCACCGAUGGAAAAGCCAUGAACGACAAUACACCCUGACGGACUCAACAUUCACUAAGAGUGAGCUUCCUGAGGAGGCAUUGCCUAUCUCCCAAGCUACUCGACAGAGGGUCUACCCCCGUUGGUCUCGCGAGCGUCUCCAAAACGAAGCAGCUACGCUCAAGUUCAUCGCAUCUAACACAUCUAUACCCGUCCCCAAGUUCCUGGGCUUGUAUGAAGAGGACGGCCUACUACACCUCAAGACUGAGCGCGCGACAGGUAUUCCCCUAGAUGACUUGGCAUCUGACACAGCUACCAAACAUGUCGCCGACUGUUUAGAGUCGUCCAUUCUACCCCGGCUUCGCGAGCUACGACACCACACUACUGGCAGCGUCGAUGCCACUCUACCACUUAUUCCACCAAGUCGAAUAACGUGUAAUGACAAACGCCCGAAUUGGUCCCGAAAGACCUCAUGCAAUACAGAUUUUGUGUUCUGUCACAAUGACCUUAGCCAACACAACAUUUUCGUUGACCCGGAUACUUUCAAGAUCACUGCAAUCAUCGACUGGGAAUUCGCUGGGUACUUUACGGAGGAGUUCGAAUAUCCUCUGUGGGAAACGUCCUACAAGGACCGAGGACAAGAUUAUUUGCAAACUGAUUGUCUAAUAAGCUUUCUUGACGAUACUGGUUCGGCGCCAGUCGUUAGGGGCUUGUAAAGAGUCCCCGCGAUCAUCACCACCACGCUGUGCUCGCCCGGACUUGCACACUCGGCAUUGCCCAUCAUCUCCCUCCCGAUACCCGCACUAUCUAUCCGAGCACCUAGUCUAGGCUCGUGCAGCACGCGCAGCGAUGGACAAGGAAAGCGUGGUCGUAAGCGCAAGGUGGCUGCACGAGAAGUAGAGGGCAACGCUAGUGGAUGAGUCGUGCUCUGCUGGAAUAUGUGCGCGCUGAAAUGCAGCGAAGGGUCUCGUUGCCAUAAAACCUUGGUGUGGGCAAGACUGGCUGUGCCACAAUAUUCGCCAUGCCUUAGAGACUCCUCGUCGGCAGGCUGAGGAUACGUGAGCCUCUGUAAUUAGCAAGGUCGAUUAGACUGCGUGAACGCUAAAUAUUGGCGAAUAACAAUCCACUUCUUAAUGUGCUGU